GACGGGGCACCCCCUGACCCGUGUCCUGCACACACAGGGGUGUUCCAGCAGAUGGUAAAGAAGGAGUGUUACUUCAUCAACGGCACCGAGCGGGUGAGGCACGUGGGGAGGUUCAUCUACAACCGGGAGCAGUACGUGCACUUCGACAGCGAUGUGGGGGUGUUUGUGGGGGACACUCCGCGUGGGGAGAAGUUUGCAAGGAAUAGUAACAGCGACCAGGAACUUCUGGAGGACGCAAGGUCUGAGGUGGACAGGUUCUCCCGGCGCAACUACGAGAUCUCCACCCCGUUCCUGGUGAACCGCAGAGUGCCCCCCAGCGUGUCCAUCUCGCUGGUGCCAUCGGGCUCCCAGCCCGGCCCCGGCCGCCUGCUCUGCUCCGGGAUGGAUUUCUACCCUGCGCCGGUGCAGGUGAGGUGGUUCCAGGAUGGGCAGGAGCUGCUGGAGCACGUGGUGGCCACCGACGUGGUCCCCAACGGGGACUGGACCUACCAGGUGCUGGUGCUGCUGGAAAUCCCCCCCCCGGCGCGGGGUCACCUACAGCUGCCAGGUGGAGCACGUCAGCCUGGAGCACCCCCUCAGCCGGCACUGGGGUACGGCCCGGACCCCCCAGCACCGGGGGCACACUGGCAGGGGGCCGGGGGAGAAAGGGAGGAACUGGGGGCAACUGGGAGGGAGUUUGGUGAGUGCUGGGGGUGA